AUGAGGGAGCAGAUGGCCUGCGUGCAGUCCCUCAUCCAGGGGCUCAUAGAGGAAUGUCAGGAGCGAGCUGCUUACCAGGAGCAGCAGAAGCCCACCUGCAACCAGCUGGCCUGCCAGGAUGAGGCCAUGUGCUCCUUCCUCACCUCAGUGAUUGAGCGCAUGGCCUCGUACAUGGAGCUGAACAAAGAGUUAAGUGAGUUGAUAGCUGGCCAGUACUGGGAGCUCUGUAAAGACAGACAACUGGAGUUCAAACGAGUCUCUGCUGUGAAACAGUGCUGCUGGGGAAUAGCUUGUGAUCACCAGGUAUAUGCCUUUGUGUUCUCAAGUGAUGUUCCAAUCAGAUACCAGGAAGAAACCUAUGAGAAUCAGCGCUGGAAUCCAGUUGGUGGCUUUUGUGAGAAAUUAAUGCCCAGUGAUCGCUGGCAAUGGAGCGACGUGAGCGGGCUAAAACAUCAGCAGCUUGACAGUUUCACGCUGCCAUCACCACACUGGGAGUGGGAGUCUGACUGGUAUGUGGAUGAAAAUAUUGGAGGGGAACCAACAGAGAAAGGGGGUUGGACGUACGCCAUUGACUUCCCGGCUACCUACGCGAAAGAUAAGAAAUGGAAUUCCUGUGUCCGACGUAGGAGGUGGAUCAGAUACAGGAGAUACAAGUCACGCGACACUUGGGCAAAGAUAACAUCCCAUGAUGAUCCCAAACAGUUGCCAGAUCCUUUCAAUGAUAUCUCCAUUGGAGGAUGGGAAAUCACAGACGAGCCUGUUGGCCGGCUAUCCGUCUGGGCGGUGUCCUUACAAGGAAGGGUAUGGUAUAGAGAAGACGUGUGCCACCACAAUCCAGAAGGCUCCUCAUGGUCCUUUAUAGCCACCCCCGGAGAAGCAGUACAGAUCAGCUGUGGACCAUAUGACCUCCUGUGGGCAACUCUUUGGGAGGGGCAAGCUAUUGUGAGAGAAGGGAUUGAUAGAAAUAACCCUCAAGGAGUUUCUUGGACACUUGUGGAACCCCCAAGCUCUGAAAAUGGGAUCCUGCAUGUCUCUGUUGGCGUAAAUGUGGUGUGGGCAGUUACUAAAGACAGAAAAGUGUGGUUCCGAAGAGGUGUGAACUCGCACAAUCCGUGUGGCACCAGCUGGAUCGAAAUGGUUGGAGAAAUGAUGAUGGUAAACGUAGGCUUAAAUGACCAGGUCUGGGGAAUUGGCUCCGAGGAUCGAGCUGUUUAUUUCCGGCAAGGCGUGACACCAAGUGAGCUCAGCGGGAAGACCUGGAAGGCGAUUGUCUCUGCCAGAGACAGCGAUAGGUCUCAGACCGGCAGCUCGACCAGUCUGCUCAGCGCUGGCUGUUUCUUCAGUGAUGACGUUAGGGAGCAAAUGAAUUUGAUCGCUCAGAGCGACACGGACACUUCCUCUGAUACUGAGAGCCUGCAGGUACACCCAGAUCUCGCCGACAUGCCCUUGUUGGGCGCGCCAGCUAGCGUCAAUGGUAACAACGUGGGAAGCCAGCCAGCAGAAGCGAGUGCAAACGUGGCUGUGGCUCCUCAGGACUCUGCUCCUGAAGAAGCCAGCCCAGCUUCAGGCAGCGGGGAGAAGGCUGGUGCCGAAAAAUCCGAGUCGCCUGCUGACCAGGAUCCCCAUCCUGCAGAGCUGCAGUGGACGAACAUUGACUUAAAGGAGGCCCAUAAAAAGCCUCCGUUCUCCACCAGCCCCUUCCCGGAGACGCCCAUCCAAUCUUCCCUAGGCAUGUUCUCAGUUGGAGACGAAGAACAUUAUGGAGCAGAUGAGCACCCGUUGUGGGCCUGGGUGUCUGGGGGAGGCUGCCUAGUGGAUUCACACAGCUCAUUGAAAUGGUUCACUCUUCAGUCAGGUCUGUUAUGCUCUGUGCAGUCCCUUUCCCUGUCUAUCAGUCCAGCGCAGACGGCAGCAUGGCGAAAGCAGAUUUUUCAGCAGCUCAGUGAAAGGACCAAGCGGGAACUGGAGAACUUUAGACACUAUGAGCAGGCUAUUGAGCAGUCUGUCUGGGUUAAAACUGGGACCUUACAGUGGUGGAGAAGCUGGAAGCCUCAUAAAUGGACAGAUGUUCGAGUGGCACUGGAGCAGUUCACUGGGAACGAUGGCAUGCGUGACAGCAUUCUGUUCAUCUACUAUCUGCACCACGAGGAGAAAAAGUACAUCCACGUGUUCCUGAACGAAGUCACUAUUCUCGUGGAGGUUCUGAAUGAUGCCAAACACUCCUUUGCGCUCUACACGCCCGAGAAGACAAAACAGCGGUGGCCAAUUCGUCUAGCAGCGGCUACGGAGCAAGAAAUGCACGACUGGCUGGCUUUGCUGAGCAUGUCCUGCUGUGAAAGCAGACGGAUUCAAGGCCCUCCCUCCCACCAGGCCAUCUGGUCUGUCACCUGCAAAGGAGACGUCUUCGUUAGCGAGCCAGGUCCUGAAUUGGAGGCUGCACCACACCUGAUGCCUUGUGACCAAAUGUUUUGGCGUCAGAUUGGAGGGCAUCUCCGUCUGAUAGAAUGCAACAGCCAUGGCAUUGUGUGGGGCAUAGGUUAUGAUCACACAGCCUGGGUUUAUACUGGUGGAUAUGGAGGCGGCUUCAUUCAAGGAUUGGCCAGCAGUGCCGAUAAUAUUUACAUGCAAUCAGAUGUGAAAUGUGUUUAUAUCUAUGAGAACCAGCGGUGGAAUCCAGUUACAGGAUAUAGCAGCAGAGGGCUGCCCACAGACAGAUACAUGUGGAGUGAUGCAUCUGGCUUACAAGAAUGCACAAAAGUUAACACAAAGCCUCCAUCGCCACAAUGGUCUUGGGUGUCUGACUGGUAUAUCGAUUUCAACAUUUCAGGUGGAACUGAUCGGGAAGGCUGGCAGUAUGCAGCAGACUUUCCAGCAUCUUACCAUGGCCACAAGACGAUGAAGGACUUCGUACGGCGAAGACGCUGGGCCCGGAAAUGUAAAAUAAUCACCAACGGACCUUGGCUGGAAGUGCCUCCCAUCACCCUGUGGGACAUCACCAUAAUCCCUAGCUCGGCGGCAGACCAAGAAGAAUUGAUAGCACUCUGGGCAGUUAGCGACAAGGGAGACGUGCUGUGCAGACUUGGAGUAACACAGCAAAAUCCAGCUGGAACGUCAUGGCUUCACGUUGGAACAGAUCAGCCCUUCAUGUCUGUCUCAAUUGGGGCAUUUCACCAGGUCUGGGCUGUGGCGAGAGAUGGCUCUACCUUCUACCGGGGUUCAGUGUCUCCAAAAAAACCUGCAGGUGACUGUUGGUACCAUAUUCCUUCACCUCCAAAACAAAAGUUAAAACAAGUCUCAGUAGGACGGACAUCUGUGUUGGCAGUGGAUAAAAAUGGUAAUCUCUGGUACCGUCAGGGAAUCACACCAAGCUACCCUCAAGGAUCUCAGUGGGACCAUGUUUCCAAUAAUAUCCGUAAAGUUUCUGUAGGACCCCUGGAUCAGGUUUGGGUGAUAGCGGACAAAGUGCAGGGAAGUCACAGCCUGAGUUGUGGGACAGUCUGUCAUCGGACAGGAGUCCAGCCGUUGGAACCAAAAGGGAUCUCGUGGGACUACGGCAUUGGGGGUGGAUGGGAGCACAUUACAGUCAGAGGAAACGCAACUGAAGCUCCAAAGGCUGCUUUACACGAGACCUCUGAAGAGCAUUCAGCAAAGUCAGCACAUCUAGAAGAUGGGGAGAAUGGAGGAAAAGGAAACCAUUCUAAAACCACUUUGAUGGUUAAUGAAGGGCAGGAACUAGACAGAAACACUGUUAAUUGUUAGUAUGUUCUGUUCUUGGGAAACAAACAGCAGCCAGUGUAUAAAGUAAUUUAAAAUAAAACAAACUGUAAGACACGAAACUAAAUCCAUUUCUGCUUGGAAAAAAAAUAGCCUUCUGAUAAUGCUAUUGUAUUUUAUAGACCUGGAAUUUGCAACGUGGACAUUUUAAUAUUUAAUUUAUUCUUCUACUACUAAGUUAAUAGAGUAUGGCUGGAUCGAACUAACACUGUUUUGUCAAGAGAUCUGAGGUGCUGUUUGGAUCCGCAGAAAUAGUCCUGACACCUGUUUAUGGCUGCUACACAAACUGUGUGAAUGUGAAUAUUUGUGUAUAGUCGCAUUAAUUUUUCUGUAGAAAUUUUCUGUGUUUAAGUCCUGAACUCCUUUGACAUUCACUCAUCCUUUACACUACUCUCCCAUUUUAUAGUAUUGCUUCUCUUUGGGCAGGGAGGAGAAUUUUAAACCUUGAUUUACAGUGAGCUCUAGUCAUUGCACCAUGAUGUAAAAUCUAGGGUCCUGACCCUGCAAACACAUAUGUACAUGCUCAACUUUGUUAAUAUGAGUCAUCCCAUUGAAAUCAGUGCUACCCCUCAUGUCAGUUAUGUGCAUUAAUAAUGUGCUACAUGCAAAAGUGUUUGCAGGAAUGAGGCUGAGGGAGUACACAUUACUAAGGGCAAAUUUCUGGUAUCCAUUCUCAUGCUGAUAGGAUCUUAUUUUACAAGUGGACCCAUUGGCAUCCUCGGAAUUCUUGUAGAAGAGAGUCCUACCCUGUCAGUAAGGGUGGCAGCAUAUCCCUCUUAUUUAUCAGAUACAAGGUGGAAAGAUCAUGUUUUCAGCCUCACAUUCAGCUCAUUCUCCAAUGGUUCAUGCCCCCAGUUUUGUCCAAGUCUCUUUGAGUGACAGACUGGAAAAGUCCUAGGUCUAAUUCUGAUUUCAUACAGCUAGAGAAGUCACUCCAGAGAAGUCAGUGUAGACUAGCGUGCACUCAGAAUUGGCUUCUAUUUGUUAGUUUGUAUUAAGUGAUCUGUGCUCAAUAGCUUUCUGGCUCUUUUCCUAGUGUACAUAUUCCUUAAAAGAUAAGGUCUAGUUCUGUUCUGCAUUAAAGUGAAGUUAAUCAUAAUCCUCCUCUGAAAAGCUCGUAUUUCAAAGCCCAAUACUGCGUGGUGCCAAUCACCUCCUGCCAGUUGCUGAGCCUUCUACUCCCAUUGUUCAGGAGGGCACCCUACAUCUUAGGGGAUCAGGUUUUAUUCUGUGUAGAUUAGAGAGGUUUUCACUGAGGGUCUGAUCUUGCACACUUGGAUUCAGUGGGAAUGUGGAGCGCAGACACCGUGUUUCUCAGUGGUAACACUGCAAGUUUACAUUAUGUUUCCCUAUUCUGUGUGUGAUUGUAUAUGGAGUUAUUUUUAUAUCAGUUGAAUAGCGGCAUGGCAUGGUCUCAAGUACUGUAUUUGUAGAAGUAACGGCUGCCUGUAUGUAAUAUAUAUUUGAUAUUUUAAUGACAAGACCCUGUUUGUCCAAAUGUGAAAAAGAUUCUUAAAGCUGUUAGGCUACGUCUAGACUGGCAUGAUUUUCCCCAAAUGCUUUUAACGGAAAAGUUUUUCCGUUAAAAGCAUUUGCGGAAAAGAGCAUCUAGAUUGGCACGGACACU